UGUCUUAUAUUUAUAAAGAUCACUACUACAAUACCAGCUACGCAAGACGAUCAUUGACAUAGACGCCGUGCGCCAAAGAUGUCGCGUGCGCGAAUUAACAUCAAAUUAAAAAAAUAAAUAACGUAAACAAAAUUUUAAAUACUUAGUUCUGUGAGUGUAUGUCAUAAGUGUUUAUAUUUUUUUAGAAAUAUUUUUUUACUGUGAUAAUGGCCAACAGCUACAAUAUGAAGGAGUUUAGCUCAACAGCAAUUAUAACUGAAAAUAGCAUCUACCCGUCGACGAUUUCUAUCAGCACAAUAAACACAAAAUGCAAAGAAGACGACCUGGAAAUGACUACCUACGACCCCUUCCAAAAUAGAAAACUGGAACACCCAAACUCAGAUAUACGGUCAUUUGCAAAUCUUCUUAAGUCUUCUCUCGGAUCUGGUAUUCUGGCCAUGCCUGCAGCGUUCAAAAAUGCCGGGACAAUAGUCGGUGUUUUCGGCACCAUCAUACUAGGCUAUAUCUGUACACACUGCGUAUAUUUAUUGGUGAAAACGUCACAAGAAGUAUCAAAAGUAGCUAAGGCUCCAUCAUUAGGCUACGCUGAAACUAUUGAAGCGGUGUUUGCUCACGGCCCACAACCUUUGAGAAAACUAUCAAGAUCUUCUAGGAUAUUUAUAGACUGGACGAUGGCUUUUACCAUUCUUGGCGCCUGCGCGGUAUACGUCAUAUUACUCGUCGACUCUGUUAAACAGAUUGUCGAUCACUUUUAUGGGCCUGACGUAAUCAACAAAACCAUGUACUUCCUCAUGUUUUUAGUGCCUAUAUUAUUAUUUACACAAAUCAAGAAUCUGAAGUAUCUGGCUCCGUUUUCUGGAUUUGCAAACGUUCUCCUCAUUCUUACAUUCCUUAUCUGCCUGUACUACAUUUGCUCGGAAUUUCCUGAUUUGGACUCCAGACCAAUGUCGGCAAAUAUAGGAGAUUUGCCUCUAUUUAUUGGUACAGUCAUAUUUGCGAUGGAAGGCAUAGGCGUGGUACUUCCGGUAGAGAACACAAUGGCUAAACCUCAGCACUUCCUGGGAUGUCCUGGUGUGCUCAACAUCACUAUGACAGUAGUGGUUCUACUUUACAUGGUCAUGGGCUUCUUGGGCUACGUUCGUUAUGGAGACGAGGCUAAAGGCAGCAUCACGCUUAACUUGGACACUGGCGAAAUUCCAGCGUUAAUGGCAAAAAUAUUUAUAAUUCUGGCAAUAUUCUUCACUUAUACGCUACAGUUCUACGUGCCCAUGGAGAUUGUAUGGCGCAACACCAAAGAACACAUAGCACAAAAAUACCACAACACGGCACAAUGCAUCAUGAGGGCCAUCUUUGCUACCCUUACAGUGGCUGCAGCCGCCACAUUGCCGCAACUAGAGCAAGUCAUAGGCCUUGAAGGAGCAUUCUUUUAUUCCUUCCUUGGCCUUAUAGCGCCUUCCAUGAUGGACCUCAUUUUUAACUGGGAAAGAGGCUUCGGAAAAUAUAACUGGAUUUUAAUUAAAGAUUUAUUGUUAGUAUUUUUCGGAACUUUCGUCUUAAUAGCUGGAGUGACACAGAGUCUCAGAGAAAUAAUUAGGACCAACUCAUAGUGAUAUAUAUAUGCAUGGCGUAUACGAGUAUUAUUGUGUAAAUAAGACGCUAAUUUUAAUUAUUGAAAUUAAAUAUUUUGUUAUACAUAUUGUUUUGAAAUAUAGAAAAUAAUAUCUUG